UCUAUGCUCUGCUCAUCGGUUUGGAGCAACAUUUUUCCCCUCCCCUGUUGUUUGCAACCAGCCAGCUGGAUUGUGGUCCUGUGAGGAAUUCAUUUUAUGUUGUAAUCUGAUUUGGCUGUCGAACUUGGUUAGUGGGAGAGCCUGAGAGUGAGGCAUGGAUUCGGAAUGCGUGUGGAUACAGGACGAACGACGGCGGAUUCGAGACGCCUGUGGGGCAUGGUGAAUAUGUUACCCCAGGGCGCCAGGUAACUCGAAAUGAAUAUGCGAGUGCUAGUGAUGUGGUCGCGAUUCCUGGAAAGUUGCCUCUAGGGCGCGAUAUAUUGCAGUUUCCCGUUGUGUGAGAACGUGAAGGUACGGAAGUCUUUACCGGCGAAUACGAUUUAUCGCUGGGCUAUGGAAUGCUGCUGUAAAAUGAUAAAUUGAUGGUUUGGGCUUGGUAUUUUGUGUAGUCGAAAACCAAUGGAGCUAAUGGAAAAUAUCGAUUCGGGCAGAAUUCCGCCCUGUCAGCAAAAACAAAAUAAUGAAGAUUCUCGUUAGUUAUUCUUAAUCCCUUUCGCCGUCGACGAUAGAAUAGUGUCUCUUUUUCGUUGGGAUGUAGCUCUCGUGCUCUCGAACGGCGAGUCAGCAUCUCAAAAACACGACCCAUUGGGGGAGGCAAAUGGUUCGGCCGUUCCAACAACAACAACAACAAAAACAACGUGUAAAAUUGUGUUAGUGUAGAGAGAUUCGCUCUCGUAAUAGUAAAUUUGUUCAUGUGAUCAGAAAAUUGCAUUGUGUACAUACAACCAGAGGCGAGUGGUCAAAAGUUGCUUUCGUGGAAUAUUAAUGAAAUAUAAUAUGAGCUAAAUAUAUAUAUUGAGUGCUAAAAGUUAAAACAAAAUUAAAAUUAAUUAUUCAUCGGAAUUCUUAACCCUGACCCUUUUCUGUGGAGUUCACCGACAUCCGGCCAGCGGAGCGUCGUGAGAAAAUUAUGCGCGGAGAGUCAACAUCUUCAGCAAUACAGGAUUAAAUCAACGAGUGUUCGGAACCAUUUUUGGGAGAAAACGCAACCUGCAAUGUAUUCGUGGGCCUGACCGAUAUUUUUAAUUUCGCUGCCGGAGGAAGUCGUUUGGACGUCGAGGGAAAAUUUUACACAUUUGGUGGAAGGAAACGCAACGCGCUGAUUUGAAGAUUUCAGGCACGGUUGCUCAUCAACGGCUCAAUCUCCAUCCUGAGUCGUUCAAGCCUUUCCAGGACAUACAGUGACCAAUUCGAUCCUUUUUUUCUUGCAUGAUGGGCUGGUGAAGAAAAAAUAAAUAAAUUAAGAUGUCCAACCGAGCCUGGAUCGACCAUUGACAUGGGAACGACAUUUUCCCAACUCCACAAGUCAUGGGCAGCAGUCGGACUGAUCGGCAUGGUUAUGCUUACCGUGUGCUCCCGAAGGAUUUCCAAUCGAUGCGAGUGUGGUGGAAGUGGUGUUCAACGGAAAUGUGAAUUCAAUGAUGUGUCUCCACCGGUGUCUGUCUGAGGGGAAAUGAAGGAUAAGUGCUGGAAGAAAAUGGAAAAUUUGUGUUUGAACGGAGGCGCACUUGAUGGCGACAUGACAGUGCUGCUGUCAGGUUGAAAUGUUAGUUGUUUUUUCCUUUGUUAUUUUCGUUCAGUUCGAAUGGUGAAUGCGAGUGAAUAGUUUGGGAUAGUGUUUUCAGCAGUUGGUGCCGUGAAUCAGUUUGGUGGACCGUCGCGCGAGAGGAAAUGAAUCUGCAUAAAUUGAGCAAACGUCACUCGCUACAAUCGAUGCAGCAGCCGGCACGACAGCCACCGGAUGAGUUAUCAAGGGCUCCGGCGGAUGUUCCCGAUGGUGGGGCAGUGGCUGGUGCUUGUGCGAAGCAGCGCAAAAAGGGGAAGUUCAGGCUCAAGGAACGCUCAUCCUCGUCGGUGCGGGAGCGCUUCAUGAACGACCCGGCCUACACGGAGGACGUCCGCCAUCUGGCCCUUCCGAUGCGACGCAACAGCGGACCGGAGAAUGCCGAAACGGCGGCCCGCAAGUUCUACACGAUUCCGAAGAAAAAGUCCAACUCGGUGGGCAAGGAUUAUCUGCGGAGCGCGAGCGGAAGUCGGGCGCUGGAGAGCCAAGAUUUUUACAGCGUGGACGCAGAGGAUGCGAGCCGGCAGGUUACCGGCGGCGGCGAGUGUGGGACAAAUGCGCCGGAAUCGGUCCAGAGUCAGGCGGCCCCACAUCUGCAGGUGAAAGUAAGAAGGAAAAAGUUUAAUUACCAUAACAGCUCGGAAGCGCUGCGGUUGAACGAUGAGUCGAGCAGUUCGGAUAAUUUGAAGCACAGCAAAAGCUCCACCCUCGAUCGGCGGGGAAGGAGCCUCGACCGGAGGUCGACGACGGCGGUGGGAGGAUCGAACGAGUACGAGGGCGCAGAAAGGGAGAGAUGCGUGGAGCGUGAUAAGGAAAGGACUAGCGAGAAAAGGUGUGUCAGUGCCGUGGAACAAGCUGCGGAGGACAGGGAUGAGGCUCAGAUAGAGAAAACUCGUGGGAGGAAUAGGAAUUUAAUUCGUAGACAGAAUGCAGCCGAGUACGAAGGGGCUGUGUCACUUGAGGAAGGGUCCUGUGAAACGCCCCAACAGCAAGAAGGAAUUUACAAAAAGGAUGAGCUGGAGGGUCACAGCGGUAGAGGGGGUGGUGGUGUUGCAGAAGACACAAAAGAGAGUAAAAGUAAAUUUCAGAUUGGGAAACGAUUCCUUAAAGGAGAGAUUGGCAUCAAGAGCUUCAACUAUUAUUUGCUGAAGGAAGGACUGAAAUCUUCCAAGAAGAAUUUCUUAAAGCAGCGAUCAGCACCGGCGGAGGCCGGCGGAGAUGAUGGAGGUUUGGAGAGAGGCGAGGAAAAUAUUUACGAGGAAAUUUAUUUCGAUGAAAAGCCAGCCGAGGCGAACGAUGAGAAAAUUCAGUUUAUCGAUUGCGAGCUGUGUGUCCAACAAUGUAGCAAUAGCAAUUGCGAGGCGUGUCACAGCCAUGUCUCCAGGCAUAAGCUGCAGCUGCAUCACCAUCAUCAGCAGCAGAAGCAGUUGGAAAAGCAGAACGUGUAUGAACAACUGAAACAAGUCCCCCCGCAAAUCCCUGCCUCCGGGACACAAUAUAAAGCUGUCGCAUCGAACGAUGCUGACGAAGUGAAUUUAUAUCAGUCGUCGUCCUCGACAUAUAGCACUGGUACCGGCAAUGUCCUGCAGUAUCAAUCGUAUAAUCCUAAUAAUCCGAAUGUUUUCAAAAUAGAAACAACACCAGUUGCGUUCAGCUGCGACUAUAACCCAAUUCAACCGGUCUAUUAUAAAAUGCAUCGAGGCCCACCUGGCGCUCCCAAUAUGUCCUCCCAACAACGUCACAUUUAUCAGCAGGCACACAAUAUUUAUUCUGCUAGCUCCGACUACUAUCAGGAGAUUAGAAAAAAAUCCUCCUCCUCCUCGGACUCGUUACAGGCCCGGAUGCAACGUGAACUCUAUCAGCAGGCGAGUCUGUACUAUUACCAACGCAGAGCCGCUGCUGGUUCCCGGUAUCCGGAGCCGACGGAUUCUUCGGAAAUUUACAAAACCAGCUCGAAUGCUUCCAUCCUAAGCGAGAUGUCAGUUAAAAGCGAAAGUUCCCUGAAACAGCCACGCACAGGCAACAUGUCCGACUCGUCUCUGGGGGAUUCACUAUUUUCCCAUUCCGCGAACCGUCGCUAUUUCGGAAGUUCGGAAAGUUGUCGCUUUGCGUCCGAUUGUCGCCGGUGCAGCAUGGAUGUGGAGAAGUGCAGCUUUUCGGAUAACUGUCGGUACGAUUGCCGGAAUUGCGACUGCUCUUCGAGUUAUUUUUCCUCCGAUUUUGACGACGUCGGUAUGACCCGGAAGAACAGCUCCCGUCAGUCAGGAAACAACAUUAUCCAAGAUAAUUACUCGGUGCCGGCAUACGCCGAGGAUUUCAUAAAGCACGUCAACAACGUAAAACGCAACCAGCUUUGUCAGCCAACAACACAACAGCAGCAAAAAACCGCGGGUGGCAAGAUUUAUGAAACGCCCACAACCUACGCGGGAAUGUCGAAAAAGACCGCGCCCCAGCAGCUGGUCGACCACCAGUACGAAACGGUAAAAUCCAAUUCCUACCGAAGCGGCGGCGGCGGCCAACCGCCGAAAGCAAUGCAGAAGUACGACGAAAAUACCAAACUGUCUGUCAGCCACAGUCACGAGUUAUUGUUGUCUCCCACGAGGAGCAAACUGCCACUCGAAGGCCGCUACUCGCUGGGUGCGGUGAAACGAUAUGGACCCAAAUUUUCCAGCACUCUCCCGGCAUCCAUCAGCGGUGGCAGAACAAGAUAUACCGACCUUCCGGAGGGUGGAACACUCCCAAAAUCAUUAACCGGACCUCCAAAAGCAACUCUAUCAAAGUUGAAUCACGAGUACGCGGAAAUAGUGGCGCUUCCCACGACGAAGCCCAGCCAGCAGAUGGAGCCAUCCCUAGCGAAGCGCGCCAGUGUUAAAUAUACUGCUCCCCAGCCCCCGAAUGUGACAUCCGGCUCCGGUCGGAUUCCAACUCGUCGCCCGGCUCCUCCCAUCCCGUUGAAUCCUCCACUUACCAUAAGUGAUGAAUCCGAUCCGAAAUCAAUCACAUCCGGUGGUGCAUGGCAAACUUCCCAGCCCCCGGCCCCGCCCCCUUCUAGCGUAACCACUAGAGCUGCUAAUAAUACCACAACCGGAAGGACGCCUUCGCCUGACAAGGACAAAUCUCUCCUCCCGCGUAAGGAGCGAGUCGAGCCUGAGGGGAGCUACGAACAGGGUGCAACGGGUUCUGUCGUUACCAGCAGCCACCACCAGGAUGUGGCUGUUCCGACCAAACGGACCAAAGAUAAGUCGCCGCUUCGGCAACCACCCGCCAGGAAGGAAGGACAGUUGCAGGUGCAGAGAACCGUCGACCGCUCCCAGCAGCAACAGCACAAAGAUAAGCAACUCCAGCCGGGUAAUGAUCCCACCAAGAGGCAGCAGCAGCAUCAACCGCGACAGCAUAAACCGGUGCAGGAGGAGGAGGACAAUCUUACCGACGACGAGGAUGACGAGGUGUUUCUCAGCGAUAAGCUGUACGCGACACCGAAGCAGGACAAUCGCCGGGUGAAUCCACCUCCGAAAGAGCAGACCGCAACAAACAAAGCUCCCCCUGCUGCAGCCCAGGCGACCGGUUCGGCAAACUCUUCCUCGCAAGUAUCGGCGGCCCAGCAGCCAUCAUCGACAGAGAUGUCAAAUCAAAGAGAGCCCCAGCCCGAACCGGAGAUGGAGGAGGCGCUGCUGCUGAGUUUAUCAAUGAUGAUUACAGGAGGAGCAGCUCCCCAGAAGGACCCAAACGAAAGCGAGAGUUUGCGCACUCUCCACACACCCACCCGAGGGGCCGAGAGCGUGAGUGACUUGGUGAGAAAGAGUGACGAACCUGUGCCGGAGUCUGGUGCCGGUGGAGUUGGGGUGGUCUCGCCGAGGAUCAAAACAAAAUCGCCAGCCGAAGAACUCAGUACCGAUCUUGCCGUCUCAGGUGCAACAGCGGAGCCAGCAUCGGGUCGUCUGGCAGCGGUCGUCGUUUUUUCGAACAGACAAGAGAGGAGGAGCCCCACGCCAGAGAGCACUUCCCCAUCACGAGCCAUCCCUUCCAAGGAACAGACACAUACAGUCACGCACAAAUCUCCCCAGAAAGAUAGCAAACAAGAGCCACAAACAGGUAUCACCGAGACCGGUGGAGAAGUGAGCCGUUGUUCUCGCCAGACCGCGGCUGCUUUGGGCAACGUUAAUCAGAUUAAGUUAAUUACCAACGAUGAAUGUGAUAUCGGUGACUUUCCCCUGCCCGAGAUUCCCGUGAAGCAGGAUCCGACCUCUUCGGACAACAGCUUCCUAACCGCCACAGACAACGACACGACCGGUGAGGAUGGUAAAUCUCCUCUGCUGACGAAAGCAGACGAACAGAAAAACAAACCAGAGAACCGAGAGGAGCAGAAGCAAACUGAAGCACAAGAAAUGCACUACCGAAACUCGAACGAUAAGCCAACAUAUUUGUUUGGCGAAAAUUUGAAGAAAAAUGAAAUUUUCCUAAACAAAUCCGGCUGGGUGCAGGUGAGCCAACCACCACUGCACCCCUCGGAACGGAGCGCUAGAGCCAAGUACUACCAGUCGGAGCAAGCUGGGCCCAAAACCUCGCGCAAGUUCAUUGAAUACGACGAGAAUCGCUACGAUAAGGGUAGCAAACUCGAAGACCUGAUAAAUCGAAACGAAGUAAGAAGAAAUCAGUACCAGAAGAUACAACGACAGGACAAUGUGACGAUUCUGAAGAUAGAACCUCAGCUAUCAUUCGGAGGUCGUCCAGUAUGUCUUCCGAUCAAGCGAAAUCUGGCGGACAACUCACCCCCGCCAGUAACCCCAAUUUUAUCGCCUCCUCCAGCCUUCCAAGAUUCGAAGUAUAAAACCCGCCUAAGCGAAAUAAAACCAGGCACUCGUAUUUUUCUCUCGGUGGUAGAUAACGAUAAUCGUAACCCCCGGGGAAUGGUGUUCUCCCGUAGCUUCGAAUAUGACAAUCGACGCCACACCACCCCUGUUGCCAAUGUUCCUCAACAUCUCCACAAGCAAUCUUAUUCCGAUUUUUCCAAAAGCUUUGACUUCGAGAUUAAGCAUCAGGCGGCCAUGCCCAAAACCACCGAUCAGCCAUUCAUCCGACGGAACAGAUCGCCUACUUUUUCAACGCUGACCGGGAACUCGCCCAACUAUCUCACCAAGAAGGAGAAAGCCAGCAACCCAUCAAUCGUGAAGGACCAUUCCCCAAUUUUCCCUAAAUCAAUCCCCGGAAGUAGCCUUACGAGUUCGGGAUACGAAUCUCUGAAACGGUUUGGUGACAAAACCAAAUCUCUCGAAUCACAGAUGAUGUCUUCCAGUGCCGCUGCAGCGGCUAGUGCCCAUCGGUCCCGGAGGUCGCAAUUCUCAACCAAAGCCAACUCUACCCCCGGUAUACCUACGUACGGGUACCGGUCCGACUCGAUUGGCAACACACGGCUGAACUCUUGUGAUAGUGGGGCUCGGUCAGAUUAUUCCAACGAUGGCGCCGAAGACGACGAAGACGUUGACGUUAGCGAAGACCAAUCAUCCUCGCUGGCACUCAGCUAUAAGUCGUCUACAUCGUACAUGAAUCAGAUGAAAGGCAGGUCCCUCUUCGUAAGUUCCGGCUCGGGAAACUCACUGACAGCACACAGUGUGCUGAAACCUCAACGGUCGCUGACGCCCGAGCGGUUGUACGACAACGACGAUUACGGUAGUAUGCGGAAUUUGAAGAAACAACGCUCGUUAACUCCAGAGAAGCGCUCCCGGACGCCAGACGAUCGCAGCAAGGGACGAAAGGGUGAAAUGAACAGCUCACAAUCUUCGCUAGUCUCCCGGCUAAGUUCGGGAUCCCGAAGCAGUACACUGGAGCGGCGUUAUGACGAUUCCUACACACGCGGCUCAAGUAGAAGUUCCUCCAGUUCAAGCUACAGCGGCGACGAGAACCACAUCGCGUCCUAUCGAAGGGGCCAGAUAAGGGCUCCUAGUCUAAGACCAAGUAACGCCAUUGGUGACUACAGGAUCCGGAGGUCUCGAUCUCUCCAGCUGUCCGAACGUUCGCCAAACCGACAACCGGUUCCGGUUGGCCAACCCCACAAGGUAGUUGUCCGUCUCGGGAACGUCCCGAAGGAGCGCCCAGUGUAUGCUGCCGCCACGCGAAAACUCACUGGCAGUCAGUUACUAGCGCAGGAUUCACACAAAACGGCAUACCGGAUUUCGCCGAACAACACCUUGGACCGAUUACGACGCGAAACGGCAUCGCACACGAUCGAUGUGGACAAAAGCAAGUCGUUCGAGAACAACAACUACGGAACGUAUGAGUACGAUUUUGACAAGAGUAAAUCGUUCGACGAAAAUUACAUCCUCGAGGGCGAGAAGCGGCCGUACGUCAACCCGGAAGUGAGAUCUUACAGUCACGAUCGGGUACUCGGAUCGACAGGGACCUCGUCAAGCAACGAAUACAGUCAUUCGUCGGCAUCCAGAAACAGAAGUCCACAAACUUACGGAAGUCGACUGUUCGAGCAUGAUCUGCAGUACGAUGUGAAUCGCAGUAUGAUGAACAGAUCACCGAUAGUCAACUACAACCAAAGACGAGGAAUCGUUGCACGCGAACGGUCGCCCAUACCCGGAGCCAGUAAAACCACCUUGAUGCACUAUCAGAGGCCUUCGGAUCCAUAUUUGCUGAGAAAUCUGACACCCGAUUCCGAAUUCGACGAUCGAGCAACGCCGGACUUCGUGGAUGAUCCCCCAACAUCAUCGGCUGCCAUCUCGGCCGCUGCCUUCAAGGAGGCGGAAUUAGUGAAGAAAUUCCUAUACGCUACCAAAAACAAGCAAUUGCAAAGAGAGUCACGUAACCUUGUUGUACCUCCCGCCGGAACGCCAACAUCUGGAAGUUGUACCGCUAGUUCCUGUGAUUUUUGGCCACACUGUGGCGUUACGUCAUCGCUAACGGUCGAGCGGUUGACAAAGUCGGGUAGUGAAAAUUGUUUGAACAGAAGAAAUAUCGGUUGUGACAUUGCAAACACAGGCACAGGUAGCGAAGUGAUCGUAAUCGGGGGUAAGAUAGGUGUUAGUGGUAGCACAAACACAAACGGCAAAAACGCUACGUUGGUUCCCGUCAAGGCCAACAGCUAUGGUGGCGUCGGACAUCAUCCGUUGAAGAAGCAAAAAAAUAUCGAAAUUAAUGAUAGAGAUCUCCCAUUCGUGUUGGGUGGGUACACGGGACCACGGUAUUUUCAUGGAGCGGCCAAUCCGGCAAUCGUGAAAGCCAAUUCGGUUGCCUUCCUGGGCGAACACGAAAUGCCAAUUACGCGGGAUCGUGUCUCGAAGGCACCCAGUCAGACAGGCGUAUCAUCGACUUCGGUGGCUAUUGCCAAACAGGACUCGUUGUCCUCGAGAGUUCACCAGAGUUCUACUGGUCCGAGAACAACAAAAGCCGGGCAAGGCAUCGGUGGAGAUCGCGGAAGUGGGGGUGGUAGCAGUAAUAGUAGUGUGAAAAGCAAUAGUAGCAAUUAUAAAGUAAACCGUAGCCCAAGUAAUCGAAGCAGCAGCAGCGGCAGCCAGCGUCAGAUGUCUAUUCAAGGCAUCGGAACUUCGGGGGCAAACACAGCAGGAUUGAUGACAACGAUGGCGGAUAAGACUGGCUCUGGGAACGAGGCACGUGACAGGAAAUCGAGACCCUUCUCGACGAGACCCCGUUCAACUGCGGCGAUCAAAAGAAAAUUCGAAAUGAAGCUCAAGAGUCGCUCGCUCCCGAAGUCCUUCAUGCGCUACAGCAAUCUGUCUUCCGAUGACCUGGAGCUGUCAGCCAUACUUUCAGCAAAUUCGCCCCUGCAGUUGAAAGCUGUUUCUAGUCCUUCGCUAACGGAACCAACGCCACCGACGGCAGGACCAGCCGAGCACAACGCCAGUAACAAUCAUAGCUCGACAGACGACGCUCGAACAGCAGAUGCAUCCGUUACGAAUCAACUACAACAGAAGACUGCACUGGCCAAGCCGGGUCAGACUUCCCAUCACCCACAGCAAGCAUCCGAAAGCGUGCUGCAGAAGUUCAAGAAGACUUUCUCCCAUCUCAAAUCAACCAAAGCUGGAGGACCAAGUCAAUCCACGACCCACCAAAACCAGACGACUGGCAGCAUAGCAGCCAGCAAUAAUAGUAGUAGUACCAGCAGUACCAAUCCAAAUGCCCCACCGACCGCCACACAACGCCUCGGGGCAACAAUGAGCAUGGACAGUGGCACGAGUCAGAAGAAGCAAGCAGGUUCUUCUCCCCAGCAACAGCAGCAGCAUCAGCAGCAACAACAACAACAAUCACACCACCAUCACCGCUUUGGUCCACUGAUAUGGCGAUCGAGCAAGGAACGGCGAAAAACCAAAUCCCACCGAAGGGAUAAAUGCAACAGCGGUGACUCUGGCAUCCAAGUGGAGCUGGAGGCAGAUGAGCAGCUGCUGCAGGAGGGAAUUGAUGCAGCGGAUACAACCUCUUCGCCGCAGGCGAACAUCUCCGUCAGACGAGCCAACUCAGCCAAAGUGUCCACAGGGACUUCCUUACUUAAGCACAAAUUGUCACUAAAAAGCAAUAACAAAGAGAACGUUGCCAACAUAUCACGACUUAGCACUAAAUCCCUUAGUCAGCCCUCCGGCUUGGACUGCAUCGCGAGCGAGAAGUUGCGCCCGGCCGAUCCGAGCGAUUCCGACAGUGACGACACAGCGCAGAAUGACAAUCAUCUGUUGGAGGAGCCAGUUUUCGCGGAAGUACUAUUCUCAUUCCGUCCCGCUGGGCCCCAGGAGCUGGCACUCGAGAAGGGUGCCCUGGUGGAGGUGCUGAAGCGCGAGUCGGGCCCCUGGUGGUGGGGUCGGAUAAAAUCCGAUGCCAUUCUGUCCGGUCGGGAUGAGGAGGAAGACCGACUCGAUAGCUCCGAUUGCGGUUGGUUCCCAAUGGAUUUCGUUAAACUAUUGCCAACAUACAAUAAGCCAAAACAGAUUAUCAUUAUCAAUAACCAAGGGCGAGAGGACGACGGGGCCGCCGGUAGUGGACUGAAAGAGGACGAACUGAAAAGCUGUGAUAUUCUACAGGACACAACGACCACAACGAUGCCAACGGAAGAGGAGGAUGGCUCAGGUCCAAACCUCGCGGGAGAUUCUAGUCAGAAGCAGACUCAAGAGAACGUUAUCAAGGAACUGCUUGAGACUGAGAUAAACUAUGUCAAAUUGCUCAAUUCGCUCUGUCUGGGAUAUAUAAAAUCGAUGCGGGAGCGGGAAGACAUCUUCCCGGUGGAGAGUGUUAACAUCAUUUUUUCGAAUUUGGAGAAAAUUUGGCGGUUUCAGCAGACGUUCCUCGACGCACUGCGGAUGGCAGUGCCCAAUAAUAUGAUUGGUGAAGUGUUCCUGGAAUACCAAUCGGCGUUUAUGAUCUACUCUUCCUACUGCAACUCAUAUCCGCGAGCACUGAUGGAACUUGAAAAUUAUGCCAACAACAAAGAAGCUAGUGCCAUUCUCGACAGCUGCCGUAUGGAGCAGAACCUGCCCGAGCUGCCACUGUCCGCCCACCUGCUGGCACCGAUCCAAAGAAUUUGCCGCUACCCGCUGCAUCUGAGCGAACUAGUCAAACACUCGCCCACGCGGAAGGAGCUGCUCGCGCUGCUGAAUCCGCGCAACUGCACCAAAGCGGAGCUCGAAACGAUGGACUGUCAGGAAGUGUUUGAGCUGGCACUGACCGCGAUGCGGCGCGUCACCGAGAUGGUUAAUGAAGGCAAGCGUCACAGCGAGUACCUGUCGCGCAUCCAGUCCCGCUUCGAGAACUUCCAGGGGCCAUCGAUCAACGUGCACAGCACGCGCCUGUUCCUGCAAACCGACGCCAUUCGGAUGUCACCCAACCUGUGGAACAACACCUACACGCUGUUCCUGUUCGACCGACAGCUGAUCUACUGCAAGAAGGAUCUGCUCAAGCGCACCAGCUAUAUCUACAAGGGACGGAUAUUUCUUGACAACUGCAGGAUCUUGAACCUGCCGGAUGGAAAAAUGUUUGGCGUAACGUUGAAGAACGCCCUGAGGCUGUACUGUGACACCCGAAACAAGUGGUUUGACUUCUGCUUCCGGAGUAGCAGCAGUAAGCUACGCUUUUUGAACACACUGUCGGCCGAAAGGCAGUUUUGUGGGGAGAGUUUGUUUGUUUCCGAACUGGACGGAGCUGUGGUAGAUGACGACAAUCUCUCGGAUCGGGAAUACUUCCCAUUCGCGGAUGAGAAAGAUGGUUGCAGCAAUACGGACACGGAAACGAGCAACGAUCGACGGGGAGUAGAUCUGACGGAUAGUAUGCAGUUUCUCCUGGGAAACAUGUCUCAGAGCACAAGGAGUAGUAGUAGCAACGUGUUAAAGGAAUCUCCUACCAAUGUUGGCGGAAAGCAAUCCGGAAACACACUUCCGAAGAAAUCUCGAAAAUCGUCCAAAGAUCAGCAGCAACAGCAGCACCUACAGUUGCAGCCUACAGACUACAGUUCGCACUCGCUGGGACGACGGAAACUGGGCAACUGGUUCCGAAAAGCGAAGAGCACCAACAGUACCCCAUCUCAAAGCCCCACCCAUCAUCCGAUGGCGCUUUCACUAGCGGCCGUCAACAACGCCUCGGACAGUUCCUCUGCCAGUAGCCCCGGACUUGGGUAUCAGCAGCGAACACUGUCCGCUGCUGUGUCCACCAAUGGAACCCCUGCGGCCAAAGAGGACGGGAGCCGUUUGUUAUUCUAGAUAUAGAGCUAUCACCCAACAUUUAGGUAAACCCACAGUGUUAAACAAAUCUUACACGCACAAACCCCAUCACAAACCGAAUCUCGGAAUCUCCGCGCAUUGACCAAAUUUCCCUCAUCCUAUGCACAAACUUUAAACCCACAACAACAUGUUGUUCGAAUUCGCAGUUUUACUGAAAACGAAUUGGACGUGUUUUUAGAGAGAUGCCAAAACUACAGCUGACUUUAGCGAGAAUAAAAUUAAUUACUAAAGUAAGAAGUUAUCUAAUGGUCUCAAACUGAAAGGCUAGAUUAAAGGAACGCGUGUUCAUUAUUUAGAGUAUUGACGUUUAUACACCGUUUUGGGGGUUGUGCUGGUCACGAGAAUUCGAAACUGAGAAUUAUCCAGAAGUAGUUGAAAUUAGAAAUCAAUUCGAAACUAAACUUUGAAACAAAAAAAACUGUUCACAUACACGUUUGCAUGCAAAACUAUACCGGCUAUAGUAGAUUCACUUCACACAUUGAUUAUGAGUUUAGGUUUAGCAAUGCUUUUCAAAAUUGACAAGAACUUUUGUGACUAAAAAUAUUUUUUUCAAACAACAAAUUUGUUGUUUCCUACGUUAGUGUUAGUUAUAAUUUACCUAGGAAAACAAACACAAACAGUCUACUCAAACAAAGCCUUCUGCCACAAUCGGAGCAUAUUAUUUGCAAACGCAUCUGCAAGAACACAAGUUGGCGGCAAUUAUAAUCGCACAAAAACAACCUUCUACGUGGAAUUGAAGAAACAAUAGAAAAAACAGCACAAUUACUACGUUUUGGCGUGUCAAAUAUGACCGAAAACAAAAAAAAAGAAAACAAAAAACAAUUACUACGGGAUUGUAAGUUAGUGCUAAUCUAGAAUUAAACUGUCACACAAAGCUGGCUGCAAGCUGAAGGAAAAAAAACUACCCAAAAAAACUACCACUUGUUCAACCAACUGCCGAUAUUACUAGCAAAAGACAUUUUUCCGAAACAAAUGCAAAAAAAAAACAAAAACAAAACAUGAAUAUAAAUGGCUUUUUAGUGGCAAGCAGAUUUGGUUUGUCGCAAACCCAGAUAAAACAAUGGAUUUACUAAGUAUGUAUAUUUCAAAGGUUCAUUCCAGUCUAAGCAUGGUAAGAUUUAUUGUAGUUUUUUGUGUUUCUCUAGGAUUUGUGAUCUCUUCUAUCAGAUUCCACAUAAUCUUUAAAAACACACACAGUGACUCAAACUCGAAUUCGUACACGACCAUGCAGAUCUCUUUUCACUACUUUGAAAGUCGAAAACAAGCUUUCGAAACAUUCUAUUUAGAUAAUGGUAUAUAUAUGAUUUUAAAGGUUAAACUUUAAGCUUUUGAAAUGUUUUACGAAAAUAUUUGAUGUGUGUAGAUGUUGUGGACAAAAAUAUCGGGAAGAAAUAAAGAACCGUUUCUUUUGGUUUUUUCAAAGAUUUUGUGGACUAACGCAUCUUAAUAUCCCAAAUUAACCUUAUCAACCAGAUUUCAUUUGGUUCCUAUAACGUUCAUGUAGGACCUUUUCAUUCAGAAAUAUUUUCGAUUGAAUGAAAAAUUAGCCCUUCGUAGACCGAAAAGUAAUUUCAGAACUCAAAUAAAUUCUGUACCAUUUGUUGCUUUGACAAAUACAAAUUUAUUUUAUGAUUUAAGCUAUGCAUCAAUUUUAAUAGUGCCAAAAAUUGGGGUUUUGGAAAAUCAUCUGUAAUUGUGAAAAUACUGCAGUAAGGUAAAAUAUAAUAUAAUGUUAGCAGGAAAAUGUGUAUCCCCAAAACACUUGUGAAAGUUUCAUACUGAUACUUUCAACCAUUUUUUUAGCCGAUCGAUCAAAGUUUGGAGUAAAUUAAAGGAGCACUUCAAUACAUAUUUCAACGCAACGCACCAGAAGUUCAAAAUAAAAUGCGUAAUUUCAGAAUGAACGAUUUGUAACUUUCGUUUCCAUGCGUUUUGACGUAAGACUGCGCCCUUCUUUUCUUUACUGGGGUGUAAGUUCAAAGUUGAGAAAACGAGAGCGUUACACCGGAACAACAUUUUGAGCGUUCAUAUUUCCUAACCAACUGAACGAAAUGGUAUGAUAACUAGUUCAUUCGUAUAUAUAUACAUCUAUUCCAUGCCAAACCGAUAUAGUGCUUCUCAGAUUUUCGUGAAAAGUGGUAGUUUUCUAUUUUAGGGUGGUCCGAAAAAUCCAUUUUUCGAAUUUUGGCCAAAAAUGACUUUUUUAAAAAAAUCAUAACUUUCGAACCAAUGGAUCACUUCAGAUGUUCUACAUAUUGAAUUAAAGCUAAUUAGCUGGUCUUUUUCGGAAAAAAUACUACAGUUUCAAAAAUAUUAUCGAAUUAUAUUUUCGUUAUUAUUGAUUGUAUUUGUUUUUUAUAGUUAUAUUUAUUUAUUUUCUUUAUUGGCAGACUUAUCUCACUUCUUAACUAGGCGAACCUAGCCAGAAUUUUCACCUGCCCCCGGACUUCUGAAUGCCAAAGGGGGACUAGGCUCUGCGGAAUGCACGUAUCUGCAUGCUCGUGCUGUUUUAGUCCUGACCGAGGAAUUGUCGGACAAUCGCGCAGGUGCUAAGGAUGACCGACUUUUGGAUGCCGGCCAAUUCCUUCUCGAUGUUCAACACCUUUAGCGCUUCCAGAAGUGUCUUCGGGAUAAUUCCAGUUCCAGAGAGAACGACUGGAACAAUUCUUGGGACCUCCCUUAGCCCCCACAGUUCCUUGAGCUCCACGGCCAAUGGUCGGUACUUGCAGAUUUUGCGACCGUGGGUCUCCUCCAGAUUCUGGUUCAGUGAAAUAGCGACAUCGAUGAUGGUGACUUUGCGGUCGCUCUUGUCGUAAACCAUUAUAUCUGGGCGGUUGUGGUGGAUCGAGAGGUCGGUCAGAACAGUGCGAUCCCAGUACAGCUUGAAACGGUCAUUUUCCAGGACAGGUGCAGGCAGGUACCGGUAGUUUGGUACGUUGUCUUCCAGUAGAGCACAUUGGAGCGCCAGUUGUCGAUGAACAAUACGGGCCACGUUGUUGUGGCGCUCGGUGUAGGCUGCGUUGGCCAAAACGGGACAGCCUCCCAUAAUGUGCUCUAUGUUUUCACCUGGUUGAUGGCACAUCCGGCAAAUGUCAUCAACGUCUUGAUGCCAGACGUACCGCCUGCAGUUUCUCGUCGGCAUUAUCCUGUCCUGGAUGGCUAUCAUGUCGGCUUCUACUACUGAAGAGAGUUCACCACGCGUUAGCCACAGAUUAGAUGCGGCCUUGUCGACGUGUGGCCGGUCCAGUUGAUGGGGGUGGGCACCAUGCACUGCCUUCUGCUUCCAAGCUGCAAUCUUCUCCUCCACUGUCUGCAGAUUGCAGUUGAGUUGGUACUCCGCUUGCGCCAAGUGCAGAGCGUUGUAUCCUCUGUCGGCGGCGCAGACAGCCCGGUAUAGCGCGUUUUGGUUGGCGCGUUCUGCGAAGUACUCGCGCAGUUGUCGUACCUGGGCAACACACAGUGCAGAAAUGUCGACGAUUCCAAGUCCCCCUUCUUUGCGUGGUAGUGAAACUCUCUCCAGUGCCGAUUGAGGAUGGUGCAUUCCGGCCUCUUUGAAUGCUUUCCUCAUCCUCCUCUCAAGGUCCUCUAGGUUAGUUUUG